AUGUCUCCCAACGCAAUCGCGCCAUGUAGCGAUGACACUGAGGCUCUUCCACUGCCUCAACCGAGCGAUCAACUCCAACACCCCGUCGUUGCUUUCCUUGCCAAGGCAAAACGUAUUUGGAAUUCCCUUCAAAUCAGCCACAGCGGUGGAAAGUACUCCGUCGAACGACUACUAGCUCUGGAAGAGUACGCUCGAACCACUUCGCUCACUCGCGUGCUGCUGGUAUGCAUCGGCACACCGCUGCCCAUGGCCAUCGUUAUAAUCCUGCAGGAAUGUGCGCCACUGCGAGACCCGUCAGAGGGUUGGAGCGCAAACUACGGCUUUUGGAUUCGCGCAGGUGUUCUUGGAGGUAUCGUGGCUGUCGGUAUGGCUGCUUUUGCUCUCUCCAUGAUUCCGGGGGUGGUGCUGUCAAAUCUGCAGCUUGCCCUGCUAUGCAUCGGUACAGGGGUUAGCUAUCCCUUCGCUGCGAUGCUUGUGGCCGCAUUGUGGGUAUUCCCGAUUCCGUUCAUGAUCCUCACGAUCAUCAGUUUGUACGUGACGCUGUUCGCCGGGUUUUUCUGGCUCAUUGUCGGGAAAGACGUCAUAAGCGAGAUGGGGAAGCAUACCGACGAACUCAUUCUUGCAGUCAGCUUCAGCGGCUCACAGUGCAUGAUGGCGUUCGUCUACGCAUUCUACGCGGUGCUUUUCGACCACGCUGCAAACACCCAUUUCGAGGUGCCAGUGAUUCUGCUGCUCCCGAUCAUCAAAAUCAUCAUGAAGAAUCUGGUUUCUCGGACCAUUGUGCACAUGAAAGACAUGGCCCCUGAGGCCGUCAUCUUCACCGUGGACUUCUUCAACUCCAUGUACCUUGCUACGUGUAUGCAGAACGCGUCCUCGAUCACGACGGUGCUUACGAUGAUGGCAAUCGACAUCACGCAGACCAUUUUCGAGUUACGGAGCCUUUACUACAAGACGAGCACCAUUGUGGCACGACUAGAACAAGCGAAUGGCUCCAUUACAGGCUGCGGCAGUCUGCUGCCAGCGGUCGAAUCGAUUUGUCGUGAUACCACAAAGUUUGCACUGCAAGCUCGGGAAAACGUCAUUCUUGACUCGUGUCUGCCUCACAAAUUGUCCGCUGAAGGCCGAACUCUGCUCGAGACAUUGAAGAGUGUACCAGGGAACGGAGUCCGCUCGAUUCCUCGAUUCAGUGUAGUAGAGCUGCGCGACUCGUUCCGCAGCGCCGUCACUCAAACAAGCGUCAAACCACUCCGCCGGGGCACAAAAGAGGGCAAAGGCGGGCUUGAUAUGAUCGCUACACCGCACAAAAAGAUUCUUAGUGAGACCCUGGAGGUGCUUUUCACUACUGAAUGCGUUGUGUUGACAGAGUACUUGGAAUCCAUCAUCCCCGUGCUGUAUGGGAACUUCGUGCUGCUGGUCGUGCAUCUUCCGAGCGCACGGUACCACAAGGAUCUGGUCGGGAUCACUCCAGACAAUGUGGGGGGCACAGUCAGCAACAUCUUCAUCCUCGCCACGCUCGAGUUUGCCUCAUUCAUUUUCCUCGUCUUCAUGAUGAUGAAGAAUUGCCGCCUCAAAGCGCUCUACCACCUCGCGUUCGUCCUGGAGACACAGAUGCUUCUCAUCCAGGUGAAGCUCGUGACCUGGGUGCUCAUGAGCUUCAGUUUUCGCGUGGAACACUUCGGUGUUGAUUUCACCUUCAAGUUUGCUUGGAUGAACCAGGGAGGCUAG